AUAAUAAGGCGGCGCUGUUUAUCCAAAGGAGAGGGGUUGGACAUCGGUACAAGACUUCUGUGCCAAACAUUUUUCCAUUUGCUCCCCUCUCAGUAAACCUACCAGCACUACCCAGCGUACCCUCACUGCGCUACCGACCAAGGUCAGCAACAGUGACCGCCAACGGGAGCUGUCAAUGCGGCAGCAGCCCUCCGAGGACCCCGGCAGGUCUAUAACCUGGGAUUUGGAUCAACAGGCUAAAUAAAGGACUGUCGCCGGACGGAUGGAUGAAAGCCCCGGAGUGGAGGAGUGAACGAGCUGAAGAGAAGUUAUUCUAACUUAAAGGCUGUGAGAACUACCUACGUGACACCAUGCUGAGAAACCCGGGGACCUAUGCGAACAAGAAAAGGAAGAAGCCCGCCCUCAAACAAAAGAAGGUCAGUGAGGGCAAUGCCGUGGUUAAAUCCAACCCGUCAAAGCGCCACCGGGAUCGGCUGAACGGGGAGCUUGACAGGCUGAUGGACCUGCUGCCGUUUCCUGAGGAGGUGCGCUCUCGCCUGGACAAACUGUCAGUCCUCCGUCUCAGCGUGGGAUAUCUGAGGGUUAAGAGCUUCUUCAAAGCCACCAUGAAGAACAGCAAAAGCAGCGUGAUGUUCCCUGGGCUGAACGGGCACAACAACAUGGACGCUACAGCCUUCUCUGAAGGCGACCUGCUGCUCCAGGCUCUGAACGGGUUCGUCAUGGUGGUCACGUCAGCUGGGUUAGUGUUCUACGCCUCCCCCACAAUCAAGGACUACCUGGGCUUCCACCAGUCAGACGUGGUGCAUCAGAGUGUGUUUGAUCUCAUCCACACUGAUGAUCGCAGCACGUUCAGAGAGCAGCUCCACUUUGCUCUGAACCCACCUGCUGCAGCCGAUGAGGAUGUCUUGCAGAGUUGUGGUAAUACAGUGAUGUACAAUCCGGAGCACCUCCCGCCGGAGAACUCUUCCUUCCUGGAGCGCAGCUUUGUGUGUCGCUUCCGCUGCCUGCUGGACAAUUCCUCGGGCUUUCUGGCUCUCAAGUUCCAGGGGCGACUGAAGUACCUCCACGGCCAGAGUCUGCUGAGGGACAACGGGGCAUGUCACAGACCUCAGCUGGCCCUGUUCGCCAUUGCCAUGCCCGUGCAGCCUCCGUCCAUCGUGGAGAUCAGAGCUAAAAUGCUCCUGUUUCAAACCAAGCACAAGCUGGACUUCACUCCCACAGGGAUCGAUAGCAGGGGGAAGAUCGUGCUGGGCUAUUCCGAGAUUGAGCUGUGCAUGAAAGGCUCCGGAUACCAGUUUAUCCACGCAGCUGACAUGAUGCACUGUGCCGACAACCACAUCCGCAUGCUUAAAACAGGAGAGACUGGGCUGACUGUGUUCAGGCUCCUCAGCAAACCGGGCAGCUGGGUGUGGGUGAAGUCCAAUGCCAAGAUGAUCUACAAAGGAGGGAGACCUGAAUUUAUCAUUGCAUAUCAGAAAGCUAUAAGUAACGCUGAGGGUGAGGAGUAUCUGCGCCAAAGGAGCCUGAAGCUUCCCUUCAGCUUCACCAAAGGAGAGGCCACCCUCUAUAACACCGGCCCCACCAUGGACAUCCCGCAACAUCAGUCCAAUAAAAUGUUCGGCAACAAUGACAUGAAGAAGGAUGUGGUGCCUGGCUCUUUGCUGGACUGCUUCUUGAGUCAGGAUGAAAGUCUUUACACCCAGACUGUGGAGACCCCACUACCUGUGGAUCAAGUGUUCAUGGACAGCAGGCCCCUGGUCAGCGUUGUCAGUGAUGCGUGGCAGGGGAACGAGGCAACGGUCACAACAAGUGAGCCUGUUGUGGUGAAAGAGGAGGCCAAGCAGUCCGUCAUGGCUGUGAUCGGCAGCUUUGAAAAAAUGGCGCAGAGUGGGGAUUUUUAUUCAGCUUUGCAAACACUGGAGGUGGAUAACGCCGAGCUCUUAGAGUGGGAAAAUGCUCUGAAGAGAUUAGGACAGGAGGAUUCACAGAGUAAGGUCAGCUCUGAUCUGGACAGCAUUGUCGCCAGCGAUGUAUUUGACUACAUCGACAGCAUUUUGUUCAAGGAGAAAGCCGAGGAUUGUCUGGACACCGUCCCUCCCAGCUGCCUCACCGCCAUCAGCAACCAUCAGCAGGAGCCCUUCACUCAGGCUGCCCACGUCUCAGCCUCUGAUCUCUGCGAGCCACAGUUAUUACAGGCACCCAGCCCUGAUUGCACUUACUCUCCGGUCAAUGGCCUCUACAUUCACCAACAGGAUGCGGUGACAUCAGGGCAAAGCGCCCAGACGCUCUCUCACCAGGGUCCCCAGCCUGACCCCAGCCUGCCUUCUCUUCAGCAGCUCCAGCUCCACGACAUCUUCAGCCCAUCUAUUGAGCUGCCUGAUCUCACUGUCCCUGACAUCUCAGCUGAUAAUUCUUUAGCUCCUUUUCAGUCCCAUGACCAAGCGUCUGUCACACACACGGGCUUCCGUCAGGACAUUUCUGGUCAAGUCCAGCAGUCCAACCAUCUUCUGCUACACCAAAACAGUUUGCAGGCACCUGUAAUGGCAGGAAGUUGUCACAUACAGAGCUCUGUUCCACAACCAAACAGUUCACCACCCACUGUUAUGGACAGUGUGCCACCACUGAUUCCUUGCCAAGACUUUACUUCCUCUAAUGCACCUAAUAUUCCCUUUCAGUUUUCCUCACCUCGCCUGCAGGAAAGUCUUCCAUUUGAAAAGCACAACCUUCCUCUUCAGCAGUGGCCACAGAGCCAGCAGCAAAAGCUGCUUCAUGCUAGCAUGAUGCAAAAUGGACACAAGACCAUGCCAGCACUGCAGAGCCAAAAUUCACAAAACCAAACCCGUGCUAGUUUUUUCCCGAGGAAUGGCACCAGACUGAAUGGCACACAGCAGGGAGGGCUGGCAGGUUACCAGGCAGCUGCACCCAGCAGCUGCAUGUUUUCUUCCAACCCAGCUGGACGAGACAUCCUGUCCAUCUCUGAGCCUUCAAGCCUCAAGGUGCCUGGCACGUCUUUGGAUCAGAGUCCUCCUCAAGGUUCCUGCUACUCCCAGUGGAACCACAGUGAGCCUGCGGUGGGCACAUCAGCCAUCAACCAGCAGAACCUCAGGUCUCUAAUUGUUCCUCCCAAUGUGCCUUCCUCAGAGCACUCACACAGCAUUCAGCACUACCUAGAAAGCAACAAGCACAUACAGCAGAACGAUAUGAGCCCCGCUGAGUGCAACAGAGCUUCCUUCACACUUUCUCUGAUGCAGCCACACACCUGAUGGGAUGGAGACACGCCUCCGUGUUGCUGCUGGUGCUACCGUUGCUGGAGAAGGACAAACCCCAGCAUAUCUUUGCCUGUAUCAGUGCUUAUCCACACAUCCACACACGUACACUUAUUAUUGUGUUUUAUAUCCCUCUGUAUCAGAUACGCUUUGUCCGGCCUCUGUUGUCUUUAAAAGCUGUUGCUUUAGUGAAGAUACACUAUGAUAAUAAUGAAGUAUGAAGCCGCAAGUGCAUUUACUAUGGUGGAGCUCGAACCAGGUAGAAGGUGAAUACAAACAGCCAAAGAUGUUAUUUAGAGCAAUGAUGUUUAAGUAUGUUCAUUCUGAUAAAGCUGGGAUGAAUUUCAAAUUUAUUAUAAAACAGCAUAAACGUCAGCGAGCAGUACCUUCCAAUAUGUAAUCUGGAUACUUUAAAUAAAACCCUUAAAGGGCUUGACUUGAGUGCAUAAACGUGAUGCUAGUUGUAUUUGUUUAACAAAAGGUCUGCACAUGUUCAGCACGUGUUAUUAUGUCAUACAUGUGUUUUUCUGUGUGCAGUGUAAAUGCACUUUGAUGGAGAGUAUGUUCCAGUAUGCAGAAAGAAGCGGCGAAGGUCACAAUCGUGCCAAAACGUAAAAAACAAGCAUUGCUGGACCAGUGUCGAUGUGGGUGUGGCUGUAUGGGGGUGGGGCCACGCACCGUGUGGAUUUGGCAAAAGACGGGAAUUUACACCCCGGGAAUGAGAAGCGUGUGACAUUAGAGUCGCUGUAACUGUAAGUUCAAGUAGAAACGUGUAUCACUGCAGACUCCUCGGAGGACCACAAAGUGUUACAAACCUGUGGGAGUUGCACACCUGGCCAACAGGUAGUGAACAACUUAAAAGUUUUAAAGAUAGUUUUAGGUAUUUCUUAGACUCACACCUCAUUAAUAGAAUGGACUUCUGACCUGGUUCAAAGGAUGUGCUACCUGAAUUUUACUGCAGUUCAUUCAUACAUGCUUUAUGAGACGCGCUCAGCUGGAUAUGCAGCAGCUUUCCUCCCCUUUCCAUUAUUGUGAUGUAGCAUAGACAAUAAACACAUUAAAACUGAGCCAUAUCCAGUAUAACCCUAUAGAUUCUCUGUGCCUUCUCACUGAACAGGCAGCUGAAAUCAUCUCUUAUCUAUUUUUAUUUUUUGCCUUGUUGUAGAAAGCAGAUCAAAUCAAAUACAUUUUCCUGGUUGUUGUCCUGGAAGUUCUUCAGUGGUUCAAGGGAAGCCGUGUCUAUAGGAGAUACAGUAUCUAACAAGGUUGAUCUUUAAGUGCAUCCAGCGUUCAGUUCAAGUAUUCACACAAUGCAAACCAGGGAAACUAAAAUGAAAAUGUGCCAGGAAGAGUGUUUUCAGUGAAACGUGGAGAUGUUUACUGUUUCGUCGACUUUGUUCCUUCUUUUAUUUGAUUCUGUUCAUCAGAUGCAUCUAUAAUAUAUUUACACUACAUGAAACAUCAUCUCCAUUCACCUGAGCAGCAACAGCAUGAACAAGGCAGCUUCUUCUUAUUCCUGCUGCACAGCAGGAAUCUGUCAUGUUUAUAUUUGGAAGUGAGUUUUAAUGCAGUGUUUAAAUAUGAAAAGCGUACAAUGUUAAUUGAAAGCGUACUAAAAGUCUGUGUAGUAGGGCCUUUCUCUUUCCUGUGUCCUGUGUUGUGUCGAAUGGGCGGCGAUGAAAACAUUCACUCCCAGCGUGAAGCACUGACUGUGGAGACCGAGGACCUUGAGCCCACGAGAGGCCUGUGAUGCUGGACUUUGAUGCGGACUGUAGCCACUAUGAAACACCUGGAGCCACAUGUUUGGCUCACAGUCGUGCUGGAGUUUUGACCUUUUAUGCCUGUGCCUUGACCUUCUUUGUAAAACCAAUCAAUGUAAUCUACUUUCAUUUUGUCAUACUAUAUGUAAUGCAAGUUUAACAAAUAAUUACCUUUUGUCUAAUGUCCAUAAAUAUGUGUGCAAGUACGAACAUUGUGUUCAGCUUAUUUACAACUGUUUUAUCUCAUUGUCCUUUAAGCCACGUAUCAGAGGUUGAAGGCUUGAACAGCAAGUGGGUUGAGUUUUUGUGUUUUCACACCCACAGCUGUGUGCCUGGGAUCAGCUAGUUAGCAUAUUGGGGUUCUGUGCAAUCACAUAAAGUCGUCUUAAGCCUGACGUCUUGGCUCAUGGACAAAUUUUGGCCACGUUUAA